GCUGUCAUUUCCGGUUAGGCCCGCAUUCCCUCCCGCGGGGAGGGAGUAAAGAAAGAAAGAGAAAAGGGGGGCAGGGAGAGGAUUUGUGUGGUUCUCGGCCUCCUUCCGCGCGCGUUGAUCCUGGAAAUUCUCGGGAACGGGUUUACGAACGCGCAACCCGGAAGUUCUGGUCUUCGUUUCCGGGUCUUGGUCUCUCCUUCUCCCUCUCGUUCCCUCCCUCCCUUCUCUUCCCCCACUUCAAAGCGGCUCUUCCAAAAUGGCCCCCCUGGAUUUGGAUAAGUAUGUAGAGAUCGCGCGCCUCUGCAAGUAUCUGCCCGAGAACGACCUCAAGCGCUUGUGUGACUAUGUGUGUGACCUGCUCCUGGAAGAAUCUAACGUGCAGCCUGUUUCUACACCAGUUACCGUCUGUGGAGACAUUCAUGGACAGUUUUAUGAUUUAUGUGAAUUGUUUAGAACUGGAGGUCAGGUUCCUGAUACAAACUAUAUAUUUAUGGGUGACUUUGUAGACAGAGGCUACUAUAGCCUUGAGACAUUCACAUUUCUUCUUGCCCUAAAAGCAAAAUGGCCUGAUCGUAUCACACUUUUGCGUGGAAAUCAUGAAAGCAGGCAAAUAACACAAGUGUAUGGAUUUUAUGAUGAAUGCCAAACCAAAUAUGGUAAUGCUAAUGCCUGGAGAUACUGCACCAAAGUCUUUGACAUGCUUACAGUAGCAGCGUUAAUAGACGAGCAGAUACUGUGUGUACACGGGGGCCUGUCCCCAGACAUAAAAACACUGGAUCAGAUCCGAACUAUUGAGCGCAACCAAGAGAUUCCACACAAAGGAGCUUUUUGUGACCUUGUCUGGUCUGACCCAGAAGAUGUUGACACCUGGGCUAUUAGUCCUCGAGGAGCUGGCUGGCUAUUUGGAGCCAAAGUUACCAAUGAGUUUGUCCACAUCAACAACUUAAAGCUCAUCUGCAGAGCCCAUCAGCUGGUACACGAAGGCUAUAAAUUCAUGUUUGAUGAGAAGCUGGUAACGGUAUGGUCUGCUCCGAACUACUGCUAUCGCUGUGGAAAUAUUGCUUCAAUCAUGGUCUUUAAAGAUGUAAAUACGAGGGAACCAAAGCUCUUCCGGGCAGUCCCAGACUCUGAACGUGUGAUCCCGCCAAGAACGACCACACCCUAUUUCCUUUGAGAUACUGUUCAGCUUCUUGUACUGGUUCUCUGCGGCAUACUUUUUAUCGAGCACUUUGCUGCUGAAAUGUUGCCUCUUGCCUUUUUUAUUUUUAAAUUAUCUAAAUGUGUUGUACAUUGUGUCCGUAGCGAUGCGUCUCUUGAUCCUUUCUGCACAUCUUUUUGUACCCCAUCUGCCUUCCCAAGAUUUGUCUGCGAGUGCUUGUGAAAUGUCUCUAGCACUUACCCUGCUGGCAGCUGUUCUUGCAUAUUUGUGGGAGUGUGUGUGUGUUUUUUAGGGAAAACUGCACUUUUCCUUAAAAUAAUAAAAAUAGAACAAGGUAUCAGAACUAGUCUGAUCUCCUUCAUUUCAUCCAGGAGGUUAUUUUGGGGAGGGGUUGGGUUUUUUUGGUAAGUUUUAAAGAAAUUUCAGCAGCAAAGUCAUACUGAGGGUACACAAUGGAACUUGCAGCAAAGUGUAGUAUACACAUUUCCAAGAUGCAAAAGUGAAUUGUCCUAGUUAUAUUUUGUUUUAAAGUGGGUAUAAAUUAGUGGUCUAAAAGGCUGCCCCAAUUAUACUUUUGUUUGCUUUGCCUUGGGUUUUUUAGGAUUCAAAAGUAAAAUACAAAACCGGCUGCAAGUAUUUGAAUUUGUAUAGUAAAAUAAUUGUCCUGAUUAUUUUCAGAUACCUUGUAUUUGUAAUAAAGUAAUAUUCUGAAUUCUGCCUCUAGGUUAAACGUUGGAAAUAAACCAUACAUUGUUAAUAUGAA